AUGCAGCAUAUGUGGGAUAUUUGUACACAUCGUCCUGCUGGGUUGCGUGAUCUAAUUAAUUGCGUGUACUAGCCGGCCAUCAAUAUCUUUGGCCAGUCCGUAUCGAUAGGUGUCGGAAAUUGUCUGUAGCUACUUUUGUCAUUAAAACCAUACUCCCACGUUUGUAACAUUGGUACGUUCUGUGACAUAAGGUGCAAGAUCAUAAGAUGUGACUUUGAUUGUCUUUAUUUUGCGUGAACUUCAUCAUUUCCUCUAUUGAACAGUAUUCACAAAGUCCACCGCGCCACCACCGCACACUGUACGGUUCGCGCUCAGUAGCUUGCUCAGUAGUUGUGCGGUACGGUAAGCCUACAGUACUUGGGUUCACGCGUUUAACGUUUGUCAAAGUUUGUGUAACUCCCCCAAAGUUUUGUUGGCGACAUCGGGUUACGUACGCAUACGGCUGGAGCGAAAAUGGCUUGGUUUUGCUGGUCACUCCUUGUCUGCAUAGUGAUGAUAGCAUCUACAGUCAACGGUCAAAGAAUGUUCCCAGGUCAAUGUGGAAUGUCCCACCCCUGUGCUCAAAUAUGCAAGAAUGUACCAGGCAUGGGACGGGUCAAAUGUGAAUGUGAAUCUGGUCACAUACUGGCUGCUAAUGGCUUUCUGUGUAUCAGUGAGGAAGAUGAAACCAUCGACAUUGAUGCAGAGACAAGCCCCACAGAGGCAGUAGUAACUGUGUCAGAAGAGACAGUUGACAAAGCUAAGGAUCAGCAGGGCAGUGGAGGACAGGAGAUGGAGGGAAGUGGGAGUGGAACAGAUGAAGACGGAGAACAAGAAACAGGAAGUGGUGAAGAGAUACAUGUGCCUAGUCCCAUGGUCCUCUGUCAAGACUUUGAAUGUCAGAAUGGAGGAACAUGUUACGUGGAUGUGGUGAUGGACAAAGCAAUGUGCAGAUGCACAGAAGGAUUCAAAGGAGAUAGGUGUGCAGAAAGUGUGGUGAUACCACCUACUACAUGUGAAGGAUUUGAAUGUCAAAAUGCCGGCACAUGUUAUAUCAACGGUGAAACAAGUAGAGCAUCAUGCCACUGUCCACUUGGAUAUGAAGGAGAGAUGUGUAAGCAAACUGUUGCCAUCAAGUUCCCAAGUUUUCAGAGCCAUUCCUACAUGGAAUUCUCCUCUCCACUUGGCCUUUAUCGGACAUUCCAGGUCCGAGUGGAUUUCAAGCCAGAGACGCUGGAUGGAUUGCUUCUAUUCUGUGGAGAGCAGGACAGUACUGAUAAGGACUACUUCUCCCUCGGUCUUGUUGAUGGCAAGAUGCAAUUCAAGUAUGAUCUUGGGGGAACAGCUCCAGGGAUCAUCACCAGCGCUGUGACAGUGUCAUUGGGAAAAUGGCACACAGUAACAAUCAACAGGGACAACUGGGAUGGCUGGAUACAGGUGGACCAGGAGAAACCUGUCAAGGGAAAAUCCAAGGGACUAUACUCCAAGCUAACCCUUCGCAGUCCCCUUUACCUUGGCGGCCACAGUAACUACACAGCAAUCAGCCAAACUAGCAUCAGUACUGGCUUCUCAGGCUGCGUAGAGAGACUAGUCAUCAACAAUGUAGACAGUGACAUGAGACUGGAGCCAAGAGGCUUUGCGGUGGGUGGUGUGGAUGUGGGUGAAUGUAGCAGUGGACUAUGUGAUGAAGGCAUGUGUAGCAAUGGUGGUUCCUGUGUGGCCCAGUCAGCUAGUCGCUACCUGUGCCUUUGCCCAUUAGGCACGGCUGGACCUACUUGUGAAAAGGAUGUCCUUCUCCAUAUCCCAUCCUUCAAUGGCUCUUCCCAUCUAGUCCAUCAGAGUCUGGGCAAGAACCACCUAUCCUUCCUUGAGAUUGAAGUGAUCUUCCGGCCCCAUCAACCCACAGGAAUGCUCCUUUACAGCGGCCAAAAGUUUGAAAGAGCAGGAGAUUUUGUCUCACUGGGCAUGUCUGAAGGACACGUUGAGUUCCGAUUUGAUUGUGGUUCAGGACCCGCUGUGUUAAGAACAACAGAGCCGGUGUCCCUAAAUGAGUGGCACAUUGCCAUUGCAUCACGCACUGCCCGCGAUGGUACCCUGCAAGUGGACAAACGACGUGUCCUGAGUGGAAUGGCAGAGGGCGCUUUUACCCAAUUGACCUUUGCUGGUGACCUAUACAUUGGUGGUGUGGAUGAUGCCUCACAUGUAUCCAAAAAGGCGGAAAUGUCAACCUCAUUUGUUGGCGAUAUUCAAAAGGUAAUCAUUAAUGAUAAACCACUAGACCUGAUUGAUGAUGCUAUCCGUGGAGCUAAUGUCAUGAAUGCAGACCAUCCAUGUGUAGAUCAACCUUGUCAAAACAGGGGAGAGUGUGCCGCUCAACAUGCCACGUAUUCCUGCCAGUGUCCGCUCUGGUAUCAGGGCAUCAAUUGUGAAGAGGACAUAGAGGGAAUUGUGGAAGUGCCUUCAUUCCAAGGAAGUAGCUACCUCAGAUUCACCAGUGACUGGGUCUUAAAAAGAGUUGGGGGACAGGAUGAUAAUAUUCAACUGGAGUUCCGGACAUGGAGCUCAGAUGGUCUGAUAUUGUGGAUGGGACGUGACGUCAUGAAGUCUACUAGUGAUUUCAUGGCGUUGGGACUGGAUAAUGGAAUGUUGAAGUGGAGCUAUAACUUGGGUGGGGGUCCUGUAUCCAUCCUUACAAAUCAGACAUUUAAUGAUGGUGAGUGGCACACAGUAUCCAUGCAACGUCAAGGUGCAUCAGGAACAUUGAUGAUAGACCAACGAGAGGGGCUAAUGGCCACAGCGCCUGGACCAAUGAAAAGUCUGGAUAUCAAUAAUGGACUCUAUCUGGGUGGCAUGAAGGAUGUCGCUGAGCUUUCUUUCAAGCGUUACACCAUUGGCUUUCUUGGAUGCAUACGCAAUGUAAUGCUAGAGGGUGACAAACUAGACCUAUAUCAAGAUCCAUCAGAAGGUAGAAAUGUCAAUCAUUGUGCUUAGAUGGGAAAGCCCUUCAGGCUCUGCUCUUCAAGUUUGUCCUCGUUGAUGCUUUUUUGGGGGGGCUGUCUUGUCUUGUUUUUAAAUUUUUACAUUUUUUAUGUGUGUUAACUUUUUGAUGUCAUUGUAACAAACGAAGGCACAUUUUAAGAAUUAUUGCCUCUAAAAAUAAU